AUGGCGAGGAUGGAGAGAGACGCAAUGGAGACGGUGGCUCCCUAUGCUCCAGUCACUUAUCACCGUCGUGUUCGCGGUGACUUGGAUGACACACUUACUAAACCUUAUUUGCCGAGAGCACUACAAGCACCAGACAUGGAACACCCGCUAGGAACACCAGAGCAUAGACACAAUGGCCUUAGUGUUAUGCAGCAACAUGUAGCUUUCUUCGAUUUGGAUGAUAAUGGCAUCAUUUAUCCCUAUGAAACGUUCUCUGGGUUCCAGUUACUCGGUUUCAAUUUACUUGCGUCACUUAUCUUAACGGCUUGUAUCCACUUAGCUCUUAGCUAUGCUACUCUCCCGGGAUGGUUACCGUCUCCAUUUUUCCCUAUAUAUAUACACAACAUUCACAAGGCAAAGCACGGAAGCGACUCUAAAACNCUCUCCUCUUCUUCCUAA